UUCUACCAGUGCUGAAUGACAGCCUGACAGCUCACCAUCAGCAAGUUUCAUUUUGAAUUUUUAACAAAUCUUGUUCCUCAACCACGCCACGAUGCCUGGACCAGAAAGGACUUACACCAGGGAACUUUUUGGACCCUGGCUCAUCAGACAGAUUGACAACAACAAGUUUGAUGGUGUUUGUUGGCUGGAUGAUGCUCGGACAUAUUUUCGUAUUCCCUGGAAACAUCUGAACAUGAAGACUAGAAAUGAAAGGGAUUAUAAAAUUUUUAAGGCCUGGGCGGAACAGAGUGGCAAGUACGAUGAAACAUGUGAAGAUCCAGCUACCUGGAAAAGAAACUUUCGCUCCGCCUUACACACAGUUACAUGGGAUAACAAAAAAGUGUUUACUGAAGUUCAAGACUUAUCACACAGCCAAGAAGAUCCCCACAAGAUAUACAGUGUCUACCAUGUUCCAGCAGUUCCACUACAGCCUGCAUGUAUCAUUUCUUCUGGACCUCCUUACGCACAUGCAGCCUGUGCCGUACCACAAGAAGAUCAAACCUUUCAAGUCCAGCAGCAAGUGACUGGUGGUAAUAAUGCCUUCUCUAAUCACCUUGGGACAGAUGAAAUACAAGUUAAUGAUCCCAAUGCUGAAGAUUACAAGCUGUUAAUAAGCCCCGAUUCAUCUUAUGAUUUGAGACUGCCAUCAAAUGGGUCGAAAGAAGCAGAACUAGAUGAAUUUCUGGAGAACUUCAACAUACGAAUCGACGAGAUAGAUGUGCAGGAAAAUACACAAAUAUACCCACAUAAUAGAUUUUCACAAGAACCAGUAUACCAAUACACAGAGAGCGGUGACCCUAUGCCCAAUGGCUCUAUGACCCUGGCAACCCAAAAAGUCAGCACAUUAUUUCCUCACCCUGGUACAACGCACCAGACGUAUAGCCCUUUUCACAAUGGAUAUUCAGAGAAUGUCACACAUGUGGCCCAAGUCUUCAGACCAGACUCAGAAUCUGUCCAUCAAACAGAGGAGCAUGUGGUUGAACAGGUUCCCAGAAUGGCUAGCAAUGCUGAAGCUCAUUUGCAUGGAGAAAACACAUGUGCAUUGUCUCAUCACCAAAGACGGAUUCCACACUUAACAGAAUGGGAAGUCACAGUAUUCUACAAAGGAAAACUAGUUUUAAAGCAAAACGUUACCAAAAAAUUUGUCAUAACAUUUGAAGAAGCCAAUCAAGCGCUAGAAUCUGUUGAUCUAGUCUAUUUACCUUCCACUGAAAAGUUGGUGGAUCAGACCCAGAUCAGACAUACAAAUACUAUACUUGAGAAUGUACAAGGCGGGCUUCACCUUGAGGUCAAUAGCAUGGACUUUAAGCUGUAUGCCACACGGCAUGGCAAGUCAAGGGUUUAUUGGUCCAAGUCUGAAGGUGUUGAAUCCUCUACCAAUAAUACCGAAGCAAAUAUUCUGUCCAGGGCGAUCCAGAGUGAGAUCUUUGACUUUAAUCAAUUUAGAAAUGAAUUGAAAGAUUAUAAAGACAAUAAAGGCAGUUCCCCGGAUUACACUAUAUACAUGUCAUUUGGGCAGAUUCUGGAAAACCCCAUAAUGAGAAAACUGGUGCUUGUAAAGCUUGUUCCUCAGUUCUGUGUAUACACUCACGAGAUGCUACGGAGAGAAGGAGUUUCAUCACUCAACCAAGAAAAUAUAAGUCUGCAGAUCUCCAAUGGGAGUAGUUUAAAUUGUGAUGAACUUGAUUUUGCAUCUUCUAUGGACAUUGACUUCAGUUGUUUGAUAUAAAUGAUAUCAAGUUCUGAAUAACCAUAGAAUGUAAGGUGAUCCUGGGUUCCAUAUGCUGUUUAAAACAUUAUUUGUUAUGUUAUGGUAUGAUAAUUCAGUCCAUUCGUUUUUUUGGGUUAAUAGGUUGAACCGCCAGACUAUACGGCUGCUAGGCUUUCAGCCCAUUGUGAU